UUCCAGCUCGAAAGAAUAUUUUGUAAGGUUAGAAAUUCCGAAAAGUUAUACUGUGAUUUCAUCCCGGCGGAAAGCUAAUUAUUUAUAAAUCAGGACAAUGGCUGACAAUCCUGCAAGUUCUUCUUCACAACAGCUUCUUGCUCUGCGGGUUAUGAGAUUGGCUCGUCCAAAAUUUGCUCCUGUCGAUGGUUUCUCCCACGAUCCCGUCGAUCCUACAGGAUUCGGUGAACUUCUCGCUGGAAAAGUUUCAGAAAUAUCGAAAGAAUCUCGACAAGAUCUUCCAAUCGGCGAAUAUUUGAUUGCACCACAAAUGUUCGAAAAUAUCUAUCUGGGAGAGACGUUUACUUUCUAUGUAAAUGUUGUAAACGAAAGCGAGAAGACUGUCUCUAGUGUGAGCCUAAAAUGUGAGCUUCAAACAUCAACUCAACGAGUUGUUCUUCCAUGUUCCGUUCAAGACGCAACAAUCGAAUCUUCAAAAUGUGAAGGACAGGUCAUCAGUCACGAAGUGAAAGAAAUCGGGCAACAUAUACUGAUAUGCUCGGUCAACUACAAAACAUCGAACGGCGAGAACAUGUAUUUCCGGAAAUUUUUCAAAUUUCCAGUAUCGAAACCGAUUGAUGUGAAAACAAAGUUUUACAGUGCCGAGAAUCAAGAUGUCUACCUCGAAGCCCAAAUUGAAAAUACAUCAAAUGCGAAUAUGUUCCUGGAAAAAGUCGAGUUGGAUCCAAGUCAACAUUAUAAUGUUACUAGUAUCGCUCAUGAGGAUGAAUUUGGCGAUGUUGGAAAACUUCUGAAACCAAAAGACAUUCGUCAGUUUUUGUUCUGUCUAACACCAGCCGAUGUUCAUAACACACUUGGAUAUAAAGAUUUGACAAGUAUUGGAAAGUUGGAUAUGUCAUGGAGAACGAGCAUGGGAGAGAAGGGACGGCUCCAAACUAGUGCUCUUCAAAGAAUUGCACCUGGAUAUGGAGAUGUUCGACUUUCUGUCGAGAAGACGCCAGCAUGCGUAGAUGUUCAGAAACCUUUUGAAGUGUCUUGCAGACUUUACAAUUGCUCAGAAAGAGCACUUGAUCUACAACUUCGACUUGAACAACCAUCGAAUCGUCAUCUUGUUUUCUGUUCACCAUCCGGAGUCUCUCUCGGACAACUUCCUCCUUCACAACAUGUCGACUUCUCUCUCAACGUUUUCCCGGUUACUGUAGGAAUUCAAAGCAUAUCAGGAAUACGGAUCACCGACACAUUCACCAAAAGAAUCUAUGAGCACGACGAUAUCGCUCAAAUUUUCGUCAGUUGAACAGCUACAACAAUUUAUAACACGUUUGAUUUGUAAAUAGACUGAUACUUGUGUAGUUACUUAUGUAUUUCAGUAAUUUAUUUAUUUAUUUUUGGUUGUGAAAGAAUGGAUUAAAAUAUGAAGGUGAUGACGUGUGGGAACGCGUCGAUAAAUAUAUAUUAUACA